AUGCGUUUCUCAUCAUCAUCCACCACCCUGACGGCCGCGGCCGCGACGUCCUACCAGUGCCCCCCUCUCGGCGCCGUCCUCCCCAAGGCCAAAGCCCCGAGCACGCACCCGGCCGUCCGCGCCGCCGUGGCGGCCUUCACGGCGUCGCUCGAGACCGAGACGGCGGCCUUCAACGGCUCCGCCGUCUCCAUCGGCGUGAAAUCGGCGCUCGAGGACGCGCCGCGAGACCGCGACCCGCGGGGCGCGCAGGCCGUCGACAGGCACACGGCGUACCGGCUCGCGAGCGUGUCCAAGCUGUUCUCCGUGCUGGCGGCGCUACAGCACGGGGACGUGAUCGGGUGGGAGGACCCGCUGACCAAGUUCAUUCCGGAGCUCAGGGACGCGCCCAAGGGGGUGCUGGACCACUUCGAGCUCACAUACGGGGACGACGGGCGGGUCGAGAGCGUGCUGCCGAAGCCGUUCGCGCUGACCCUGACGAGAGUCGAGGAGGAGGGGGGGUCGCCGCCGGCGUUGUUCUUUCAGGGAUAG